AUGAUUCCCACUUUUAUCCUUCUGUUCCCUCUUGUCUGUAAAUUGCGACCUUCUACUACUGGCAAGGAUAGUCUCCAAGAUCCAAGGUACAGAUUAAGGCUACCGGCUGUGCAAUCAAGCUACAACAAGCUUUCUUGUUUUUGGCUCCCGUCACGACAGGGCGUUGUGCAUGCACGACUCGACGAUACAGUCGCUGAUUCGAUAGAUGGCAAAUAA